AUGGCUGCUGCUGUCCAGGAAGCUGCUGCCCCGGUGGCGCAUCAGCCGCAGAUGGACAAGCCGAUGCAGAUCGCUUCCAUCUACGUUGGCGACCUUGACGCCACCAUCAACGAGCCGCAGCUGGUGGAGCUCUUCAAGCCGUUCGGCACCAUCCUGAACGUGCGUGUUUGCCGCGACAUCAUCACGCAGCGCUCGCUGGGCUAUGGCUACGUCAACUUCGACAACCACGACAGCGCGGAGAAGGCGAUCGAGUCCAUGAACUUCAAGCGUGUCGGUGACAAAUGCGUACGCCUUAUGUGGCAGCAGCGCGACCCCGCCCUCCGCUACAGCGGCAACGGCAACGUUUUCGUGAAGAACCUGGAGAAGGAUGUGGACAGCAAGAGCCUGCACGACAUCUUCACCAAGUUCGGCUCGAUUCUCUCCUGCAAGGUAAUGCAGGACGAGGAGGGCAAGAGCCGCGGCUACGGCUUCGUUCACUUCAAAGACGAGACGUCCGCCAAGGACGCUAUUGUGAAGAUGAACGGCGCUGCCGAUCACGCCUCAGAGGACAAGAAGGCGCUCUACGUGGCCAACUUCAUUCGCCGCAAUGCACGCCUUGCCGCGCUCGUGGCCAACUUCACGAACGUGUAUAUCAAGCAGGUGCUGCCGACCGUGAACAAGGACGUCAUCGAGAAGUUCUUCGCAAAGUUUGGCGGCAUCACGUCCGCUGCAGCCUGCAAGGACAAGAGCGGCCGCGUGUUCGCCUUCUGCAACUUCGAAAAGCACGACGACGCCGUCAAGGCGGUUGAAGCGAUGCACGACCAUCACAUCGACGGCAUCACGGCACCUGGUGAGAAGCUGUACGUACAGCGCGCCCAGCCGCGCAGCGAGCGCCUCAUUGCCCUUCGACAGAAGUACAUGCAGCACCAAGCCCUUGGUAACAACCUGUACGUGCGCAACUUCGACCCUGAGUUCACGGGCGCGGACCUGCUCGAGCUCUUCAAGGAGUAUGGCGAGGUCAAGAGCUGCCGUGUGAUGGUGAGCGAGAGUGGGGUGAGCCGCGGCUUCGGUUUCGUGAGUUUUUCGAACGCCGACGAGGCCAACGCCGCUCUGCGCGAGAUGAAUGGUCGCAUGCUGAACGGCAAGCCCCUCAUCGUGAACAUUGCCCAACGCCGCGAUCAGCGCUACACAAUGCUGCGCCUGCAGUUCCAGCAGCGCCUGCAGAUGAUGAUGCGUCAGAUGCACCAGCCGAUGCCGUUUGUCGGCAGCCAGGGCCGUCCGAUGCGUGGCCGCGGUGGUCGCCAGCAGCUGGGUGGUCGCGCGCAGGGCCAUCCGAUGCCGAUGCCAUCACCACAGCAGCCGCAGGCGCCGGCGCAGCCACAGGGUUUCGCCACGCCGUCGGCAGUCGGUUUCGUGCAAGCGACGCCGAAGCACUCCCCUGGCGAUGUCCCCGAGACGCCGCCGCUGCCGCCGAUCACACCACAGGAACUCGAAAGCAUGUCGCCCCAGGAGCAGCGCGCCGCCUUGGGUGACCGUCUCUUCCUAAAGGUGUACGAGAUUGCGCCAGAGCUGGCGCCGAAGAUCACGGGUAUGUUCCUCGAGAUGAAACCCAAGGAGGCGUACGAGUUGCUCAACGACCAGAAGCGACUCGAGGAGCGCGUGACAGAGGCGCUAUGCGUGCUCAAGGCGCAUCAGACGGCGUAA